ACCAUCAUGAUGAACCACUCCUUUUUGGACAACACUAUGACAUUCACUUCAUAUGGAUCCUUCCGCCCAAUCAAUUACUUCUUUUUCACUCUCACUCUUCUUGUUUACCUUCUCUCAAUUUUUUCAAAUGUCUUUCUGAUGCUGGUGAUCUAUUUUGAAUCCAGCCUACACAAACCCAUGUACAUUUUUUUGUUCAACUUGGCAGUAAAUGGACUAAUAGGAAGUUCUACUGUUUGGCCAAAAGUAAUGGAAAACCUUCUUUCAGACACCCAGAAGAGCUCAUUUCUAGCUUGUCUAGUUCAGGUCUUUUGGGGCUAUUUCUAUAUGUCCUCAGCUUAUACCACUUUCUCAGUCAUGGCCUACGACCGAUACGUCUCCAUUUGCAAGCCUCUGCAGUACCACAGCAUCAUGACUCCUGGAAAAGUGAAAACACUGUUGACCAUGGCCAACGUUGUUCCUAUGUCCACUUUAUCUCUCCUUGUGUAUCUCAUAUCCACAAUGCCGCUGUGUAGGUACACCAUUAAGAACCUGUUCUGUGAUGCCAUCACACUCCUUAACCUCUCCUGUGUGAAAAGUGAUGUGAUUAGUCUGAUUGGCAUAGGCAUGCUUGCAGGCUUAGUUGUUUCCCCUUGUAUUAUCAUCCUGCUCUCAUAUGCAGUGAUUCUCAAUGUGAGUCUGAAAGCCUCAAAAGAUGCACAAAAGAAAGCACUCAGCACAUGCUCUCCGCAUUUAAUCACCUUCAUUAAUUUCGGGGUGGCUACUCUUUUCUUUGCGAUUUACCACAGGUUCAGUUCUUUUCUACAGGGAGAGGUUUAUAUAUUACUAACUGCAGAUUGGUUUGCAAUUCCCCCUCUAUUGAAUCCAGUUAUCUACGGGAUUAGAACACAGGAGAUCAGGAAAUGCUUUGUAAAAACUGUGAGGAAAAAGGAGAGAUUUUUCAGGAACUUAUAG